AUGCCUCCUCCGCCCCCGCUCACACUGGGGACCCUGAUACGCCAGACCACGGUCAAAAGUUCGUUUGACAACCGGACACCUAAAUUCUUACCUGAGGGGAAAUUGGAUGAACUUGUCACAGGAGACUUCAUCCUUCGUGCUUUAUACAAGUCUCCUGAUAAUGCGCCCAGAAACCUCCCUGAUUCGGUGAAGAAGGUUAUAUCUUUCAUCUCGACCCAUGCAAGGAAGAUUUUCUCGAUUUCUAUUUUGAUCGGACUCAAAGGCGAAAGGUUAUAUUGCCUUAUCGUCUUUCUAAUGGACAGGAAGAUUUACGACAGCAAGCUCCCUCUCAAGGAAAAGGAAUUGAACGAGUUCUCUCCCACAUUGCAGCCUGAGCAGGAUACUAGAUCCAUGAGGCCUGACAAUGAGGACAUACUGUGGGAUGACGACAACACUCAUGACUUCAUUCUCCAUCAGUGGACAUUUUGUGCUCCGAUUUUCUCUACUCAUAGAGAGAACCACGACAUUGACGAGGAAGCCAUUCUACCAUUUACUGAGAGGGAUCUUGCUUCUGCCGAUGAGGGAGCCUUUGGCCAGGUUAUGAAGUACAAAAUUCACGAGUCGCACUUGGACCCAAGCGGUUUGAUCAUUCCUUGUACUGAACACGUCGCGAUAAAGAAGAUCAAAAUCGACAGUACUCAAGACCAGCACAUUAAAAUCUCUGGUUGGGAGAAGGAGGUAAUAGCUCUAUGGAAGAUAAGAGCUCUUGGUGAAGAGCACAUCGUCAAUUUCAUUACUGCAUUUCGCUUAGGUCAAGAUGAACAUUACCUCAUUCUUGAAUGGGCGGAUGGCGGGAACCUGAAGAGCCUUUGGGAGACUUUCCGUCAGCCUCUUACCACAGACCUGGUGAAAGAUACAUGUGGGCAGUUGCUUGGACUCGCCCGAGCGCUUCAUAAGGUUCACAGUCCGAAGGAUAAAAGUUCCGACGAACAUUUUCGACAUGGAGACUUGAAACCCGAGAAUAUUCUUUGGUUCAAGAACAAGGCAAACAGGGCCAAGAUCGGCACGCUAAAGAUUGGGGACUGGGGUCUGGCAAAACAACACCAUGAUAUUACGCAACUGCGGACUGUGCAGACGUCAACCGGCUUUGGAACACGACGAUACGAGCCUCCUGAAGAAAGGACAGUCCGCGACAAUAAUCUCAUUGUCCCAAACGAUGCGGGAAAGAUUGUUAGGAAACGAUCUCGUCUUUACGACCUUUGGGCCAUGGGAUGCAUCUGGCUGGAAUUCCUUAUCUGGCUGAUGUAUGGCUUGGAUGGAUUGAAACGAUUCAAUCGGAGCUUCCACCAGGGGCAAUCUGAUAACCCGUCUUAUUACGAGCUCGAUCGAAACGACGGAGCCAAGGUUCACCAUGUUGCCUUACGAUGGAUUGGACAUAUGAUUCAAGAUCCAGUCUGCGAAGUUGGCCAAACAGCUUUGGGUGACUUACUUGAAUUUAUCAGGGACCGACUCCUGGUAGUGAAGUUACCCCGAAACCUUGGGUCGAAUAUCGACAUGUCAAACACACCUCGAGCGCGCCGUCGUAGCUCUUCCAGCAAUGACACUAUCAUCGGCGACUUACCACCCAGAGGCAAAACUGCAUCAAUGGACAUUCCGAAAAUCAUACUGAACGAGUCAGAUCCGACUAAAAGCCCAGCCAAUCAGAAGCCACCCUUCUUUAUCACUAUCUCUCCUCCCGGCUCACCCAUGGCACCACAAUCGGACAAAGGCUGCCGUGCCCUAGCAAAGGAUCUCUACGACCGAAUGGAAGACAUCAUGACCGAUGUGGAUACACCUCAAUACUGGCUUUCAGGUACCCCUCUCCCCCCUCCGGACCAUGCUGUCGAGGUUUCAGGAAGUAGAUAUGAGCCACAGAGUCAGCCUUCAACUAGUUUGCAGGCAACGCUGUCGGUAGUUCAAAGCCCCAGCCUGGAUUCGAUAGAAAAGCUCGAAGACAAUUGGCAUUUAAGUAUUGACAACGAAUUUGCUGAUCGUGCUAUAUCUUCUGUCAAGGGCAAAGAUCUCGACACCCCAAGCAUCCAGGAGUCUUCGAAGCUCUGCGGAAACUGCCUGACAUUCCGUGACGGUCUCUGGAAACCAGGUUUCAGCAUCUCAUACGACUCCUCUGUUCUAAAGGCAAAUUCGAGUGCCAGUUCUUGCGAUCUUUGUGGCCUACUGUGGGCAUUUUGCCAGAAGCCGGGCCGCACUUUAAAUGCUCGUGUCCAUUUUGACAGAAGUGGUUCAACUAUUGUGAUGAAUAGUUACACGCCAGUUGGUUCAGUAUUUCGAAGUCAAAGCCUGAGUACUGGAAUUGACAAUCAAAUUCAACUUGGCUUCCCCAUCCUCCCUGAUGCUGGGACUCCCGCACAUUUUGAAAUCGUCCGGCAAUGGUUGAAGCAUUGUGAUACACAGCACGAGGGCUGCACGCGAGAACCAAGCCGAACAAACUCAAAUAGCUUGGGCGCAAACAAAAGGCUGCCAACGAGAGUUAUUGCCGUCAACCACGUUGAUCACGACAGGGUUCAUCUUGUCGAAACCACUUCGAACCAAAAGGGAACCUGGGUAGCUCUAUCUCACCAAUGGGGAACAGGUCGACAGUUUCGCACUGUCACAACGAACCUCCAGGAGCAUAUUGCGGGCAUCAAAAUUAACCAUCUUCCGCACACUUUCAGAGACGCGGUCAAGGUGACUCGGGCAAUUGGCUGCCCUUAUCUUUGGAUUGACUCCAUCUGCAUUGUUCAAGGCCCUGACGGAGACUUCCAGCAGGAGGCCAAGCAGAUGGAACAGGUGUACAGCGGUGCCUAUUGUGUACUCGCUGCUAGCCGACACCCAGGUCAUGAUGCUGGCUUUCUUGGAUCACGAACGGAAAGCAGGAGCAUCAGCCUCCGAUCAAUGAGGACAUCUGAACCAUUCUUCAUCCGCGAGAUUAUCGAUGACUUCCAAACCCACGUUUCCGACGGGCCCCUGGGAGGGAGAGGCUGGGUAUUACAAGAACACGCCCUCGCUCGUCGUACGGUAUAUUACACUGACUUCCAGUGUUACUUCGAGUGCGGCGAUGGUGUGCGCUGCGAGACUAUGACGAAGAUGACAAACCAACGCGCUGCUUUCUUAGGCGACCCCAACUUUCCGCGGCUGAUGAUAAAAGCAGACAAGGGGGCGAAGAUUCUUGGCUACCAAGAUCUUUACAAGAGGUACUCUGGAUUAGGCCUGUCUAUCGCUACGGACAGGCCAUGGGCUAUCAACAGUCUGCAACAGCGCAUCAUCACUGCUCUCAAAGUUCAAGGUGGCUUCGGUGUCUUCUAUGAGGAUAGCGAAAGUGGUCGUCGACGAGGUUUACUUCGCCGAAGUUUGCUUUGGCGCCGUGCUAAUAAAGCAGACUCGCUAUCCCGUAUCCAAUUCUCCCCGAAUCGCGACGGUACCAGAGUUCCAACCUGGUCAUGGAUGGCGUAUACCGGUACUAUCGAUUAUAUCCCUGCUGAAUUCGGUGGCACGGAAUGGGAAGUCAUCCACACUCAGUGGGAUUGUGGUCCGAACAGAACCGAUGAAGGUGUGUUGGCUGCCCAAGCAAGAGAUUAUAACGCUGGGAGCAAAGACUCUCUGCUUGUCUUUGACUCUCUUUUGGGCUCAGGGCAAAGUCUUUCGAAGUGCGUGGUUCUUGGAAAACAGAAGGGAAACCAGCUGGAUCGAGAAAAGGUUCACUAUGUGCUCUUGGUCCAGCCCAGGCCAUUCUCAAACCAGGAACAGAUUUAUGAGCGAGUGGGCGUGGGGAUACUACCUGGAAGCGAUAUUAAGCAGAACGGGAAACAGGUUCAUAUUUGGUAG